AUGGUUCUCGCUAACAAGCUCAGUGCCUGGAACGCCCUCCAGGCCCACCACGAUAAAAAUGCCGACAAGAUCGUCGUCAAGGACCUCUUUGCCCAGAAUCCCUCGCGUUUCGACCAGUUCUCGCGUCAUUUCGAGGGUCCCUCCACAAAGGCCUCCAUCCUCCUCGACUUCUCCAAGAAUAUCAUCACCGAGGAGACCUUCAAGCACCUUAUCGAUCUGGCCAAGGAGGCUGGCGUCGAGGAGAUGCGUCACAGGAUGUUCUCUGGCGAGCCCAUCAACUUCACCGAGAACCGCUCCGUUCUCCACGUUGCCCUCCGCAACGUCUCUAACACGCCCAUUUAUUCAGAGGGUAAGGACGUCAUGCCCGAGGUCAAUGCCGUACUCGAGCACAUGAAGAUCUUCACGGAACAAGUCCGCUCAGGCGAGUGGAAGGGUUAUACCGGCGAGCGCAUCAAGGAUGUCGUCAACAUUGGUAUCGGUGGAUCCGAUCUGGGCCCCGUCAUGGUUACUGAGGCAUUGAAACCCUACGCCACUGAGGGCGGAUUGAAGGUCCACUUUGUUUCCAACAUCGAUGGCACCCACAUCGCAGAGGUCUUCAAGCAAAUCAAGCCCGAGUCAACCCUGUUUAUCGUUGCCUCCAAGACCUUCACCACCCAGGAGACCAUCACCAACGCCACCACCGCCAAGGACUGGUUUUUGCAGCAUGCUAAAGAGCAUGCUCAUGUCGCCAAGCACUUUGUUGCUCUUUCCACCAACACCGCAGAGGUCACCAAGUUUGGUAUCGACGCCGCCAAUAUGUUCCAGUUCUGGGACUGGGUUGGAGGCCGCUACUCUCUGUGGUCUGCCAUUGGUCUUUCCAUUGCCCUCUACAUUGGAUUUGACAACUUCAAGGAGCUCUUGACGGGAGCGCACGAGAUGGACCAGCACUUUCUCAAUACCCCCUUGGAGAAGAACCUGCCUGUGAUCUUGGGUGUUCUCGGCAUCUGGUACAUCAACUUUUUCGAUGCCCAGGUCCACGCGAUUCUCCCAUAUGACCAGUACAUGCACCGCUUCCCCGCCUACUUCCAGCAAGGAGAUAUGGAGUCAAACGGCAAGUACAGAAACAGAGAUGGCGAGGCUGUCCCCUACGGUACCGGUCCAUGGGUUGUCGGUGAGCCCGGGACCAACGGUCAGCAUGCGUUCUAUCAAUUGAUCCACCAGGGCACCCGUAUCACCCCUUGCGACUUCUUGGCCCCUGUUGAGACUUUCAAUCCCUUGCCCAAGCACCACGAUAUUUUGCUGUCCAAUUUCUUCGCGCAGACUGAGGCUCUGAUGGCAGGCAAGGACGAGGAGACUGUGCUCAAGGAGCUGCAGCAGGACAAGUCGCUGUCGGCCGAGCAGGUCCAGAGGAUUGCCCCCCACAAGGUGUUCCGUGGAAACAAGCCCACUAACUCGAUUUUGUUCCAGAAGCUGACGCCCGGUACGCUGGGUGCGUUGAUUGCAAUGUACGAGCACAAGAUCUUUGUUCAGGGAGUGAUCUGGGACAUCAACUCGUUCGACCAGUGGGGUGUUGAGCUCGGCAAGCAGCUUGCGAAGAAGAUCCUGCCGGAACUGACGACCUCUGGCGAGGUCAAGUCGCACGAUGCUUCGACCAACGGCCUUAUCAACUUUUACAAGCAGCACAAGAAGGCUUGA